AUGAAGAAGUUCUUAAAUCGUCAUAAAAAGGACGAUGAAGAAAAUGCCAGUGUCAGUUCUGCCAAUAACAGGAAGAGUGUGAGCUCUGUAGGAUCAAAUAGUUCCAUUAAAGAAAUCGAAAUGUUUGGAGAUAUCAAUCAGAAUGAUGCUAACUUGAAUCUUAAUCCUUCAAUUCUGAAUCAAAAUGCUCCUUCAGUUUUCACUAAAGAUUCUGCCACCAUCAAUAAAUCUAUCUUCUCCAGUAGUAAGACCAUGUCUACUAAACAAUCAUCAUAUUUUUCCAAGAGAUCAAUGGAUAAAUCAACUAAAAAACAACCUGAAUAUGGUCAAAGAUUACAAAUUUUAGAUAUUCAAGAAGAGUUGUCUAACAAAAGUCCUCAAGAUACUAUGAGAGAUAAGAUUUUACAAUUGAGUAACGAUUUAUCUUUCAUUAUGAAUCAAUAUAAUAAUUCCAAUGUAAAUUUAACUUCGGCUGUAAUCAAUACUUUCGAAUGUUUAAAGAAGUUUAAUACUUUUGUUGAUGAUUUAAAAGAUGUUAAUUCCGAUUCCGAUGAUUUUUGGUCUUUUGAUACCUAUAAUAAUGCAUCUUUAAGAAAAAUCAUGAAAAUUUAUUUGAAUUUUUACGAUAAUUUGUUACAAGAUGAUGUUUAUAUCAAAUUGAAAUUGUUAUUAGUAAGAAAUUUCAACGAUUUUGCUAAAACUUUGGAUUCCAAUAAUUCAAAAAGGUUUAGUGUAACUAAUCCUACUAAUAUCAUCAAACCUCAAAAUUUCGCUAUUGGAUGUAAUGAUAGAAAAUCUUUACCUAACGAAGAUGUUCUCAUUAAUAUUAUGAACAAAAUGGCUUCAUCUUCAAUUAAAAUCAAAGAACAAAAUGGUUCUUUUAUUGCUCCUAUUGUUAGAGGGAUUUCCAAGAAUUUAAAUAUCUUAUGUCUUUAUUUCGGUUAUCCUAAUCCUACCGAUUAUCAUUUGAAACUUACCCAAACUUUACACGAUUUAUAUGAUGAUAUUCAUGUAGUGGUGGUGAAAAAUCAUAUUGAUUUGGCUGCGGCUCAAGUUCAACAAAAUAUGAAUACAACUUUGAAUAAUCCAACUCCUCCAAUUAGUGGUAUUCAAAAAUUCAAAUUACCUUUCAGAGUUCCUACUGAUGUCACCAAACCUCCAAUGGCAUUAUCAAUUUCCAUUGAAAAUGCUUCCAGAACCUCAGGAACAAUGGGUGGAUAUAUCUAUCCUAUGAUCGAUACGGAAAAACAACCACACUUGGAAUCUUAUGCUAGUUCAAAAUUCGCUAUUAGUUGUGGACAUGUUUGUCUUAAUAAUACUGAUGAUCAAACAGAAUAUCCUCAUGUUUCUUCUCCUUCAUCAGUAUUAAUCUCCUUGUAUAAGAAAGCUUUAACUCAACAGUAUGAGAAAUUAUCUCAACUGAAUCAAACUCCUAUGAUGGAAGCUAAAGUGGCUUAUGGUUCAGUUUUAAAUCAAGUUGACAAAAUGUUCCCUUUGAAGAAGGUCAAAUUAUCUGGUAAAGAUAAAGAACAUCAUGAAAUUAGAAAUUUACCCGUUCAUAGAUUUGGUCAAAUCAUUUGGGGUGAAAGAACCUUAAUGUCCAUUGAAAAUUCAAGUGAAAAGAAACUUUCUGAUUUAGCCAUUAUUAAAGUCAAUAAAAACUUAAAUUGUGAACAAAACUUCUUAGGUGAUGAUAUAGCUUUCAAUGAGUUUGAUCCUGCUUUGAUGUUUGACAAUCUAUACGUAAGAAAAGUUAUUGAUUUAAGAAGAGAAAAUGAAUUGGAUACUGACAUCGAUGAAGAUUUAUCUGAUACUAAUAAAUUAGGAGGGUUACCCGUAUUCAAAUACGGUUCAACCACCAAAUUCACCCAAGGUAAUUUAAAUGGUAUCAAAUUAGUUUAUUGGCUUGAUGGAGCUAUUCACUCAUCUGAAUUCAUUAUCAAUUCUAUUGAUAACAAUACUGCUUUCGCUGCUGGCGGUGAUAGUGGAUCAUGGAUUUUAUCCAAAUUAGAAGAUUGUAAUAGUGUAGCUGAAAAUAAAGGUUUGGGUGUUUUAGGUAUGUUGCAUUCAUAUGACGGAGAAUUUAGACAAUUUGGUUUAUUCACACCAAUGUGUGAAAUCUUAGAGAGAUUAGAACAAGUAACAAAAAUCAAAUGGGGUGUUGUAGGUGUUGCUGAAAAGGAUGACAGUAAAUUACCUAAUGAAGUAGAUUCUGAUCAUUAUGACUCAGAAAUCGAAAGCGUUUCCAGUUUAAGUGACGAGAGUGUGUUAGAGAAUCCUCCUGUUGAAUAG